AUGCCGUUGUUGACCUAUGGCAGCUUGGCCGACUCGAACUCGACUUUGUUCACUGGGCCUGAAUCGAUUCUUUCCACGAAAGGCACUGAUGUCAUUGCGCUGGAACCUGAUGGCAGAAUUUACGCUUACGACCCCGGAGACAUCGCGUGGGUGCUCAUUUGUGCGGCUAUGUCUUGGUUAAUUGUGCCAGGCUUUGCUUUUGUCUACAGUGGAACGGUACGCGGUAAAAAUGCGCUGUCACUUUUGCUUCUUGCUUUAUUGGCCAUGGCUGUGGUCUCACUCCAAUUUUGGUUCUGGGGUUUUUCUCUGGCGUUCUCGCACACCGCUAGUCCAUUCAUUGGGAAUUUUGACCAGGUCGGGUACACCGGCGUGUUUUCAGAGCCUGAUAUAAUAGCCAAUGACCGAAUACCGACGAUUGUCUUUGCAAUGAUUCAACAAAUGCAAGCAUCUAUUGUUGGUGCUGUUUCAAUUGGUUCAGCGGCAGAGAGGGGCCGCAUAGGGCCAACGAUAAUAUUCAUGUUCUUCUGGGCAACGCUGGUCUAUUGCCCCAUAAGUUGCUGGAUAUAUAAUCCGAAUGGCUGGGCUCACCGGUGGGGCGUGCUUGAUUUCAGUGGGGGUGUUUCCAUGGAGCUCUGUGCAGGUAUGACUGGAUUGGCGUACUCCCUCUUCAUUGGACGGAGGCGCGGUUACGGCAUCAAGAUGCAUCCCCACAACGUACCGCAUGUGGCACUUGGAACCACCUUGCUGUGGUUUGGUUGGAUGGGUCUCAGUGGCGGUGGAACACUGGCAAAUGUUCGUGGCGCAAUGGUUAUGCUCAACACACAUUUGUCUGCUUGCGCUGGCGGUGUCACAUUUUUAGUCAUGGAUUUCCGCUUGGAAAGAAAGUGGUCGCUUGUUGCGUUUUGUCUAGGAGCAGUUUGCGGCUUGGUGGCCAUAGCAGCACCCGGUUUUAUCGGUCCUUCCUCUUCCAUUGUUGUUGGCAUUUUCGCAGCCGCUGUUUCAAAUCUAACCAUUGCUUAUCGUGACAAACUGCCAUGGGAUGACGGCCUGGAUAUUUUCGCCGGACACGCGACUUCAGGUAUUGUUGGCGUAUUGCUAACCGGUAUCUUCGCACAAAAAAGCAUUGCAAGUUCUGAUGGCUUCACUGUCAUUGACGGCGGGAUGAUUGACAGAAACUGGAAGCAGAUGUACAAACAGCUUGCAUGGGUUGCAGCAGGCGGAUCUUGGUCAUUCAUUGUUACUUACAUCAUCUUCAGGGUUGACUCUGAAAGUGAGGUGAAAGGUAUUGAUGAAGACCAAUCUGGUGAAACAGCCUAUGCACCAGAUGCCUACAUGUUUCGCCGACCACCAACAAUGAUGGAUUCCAAGAGAAGAAAAAUCAGAUCUGCUUUUGGAAGGUUCAGUUCCCACCCCGGUAACUAUUCACUAUCUCCGAAAAGGCCAAAGUCUGUAGAGAAGCCGCGGAAAGCCUAA